AUGGGUGAAUUGAGUAGCGCCAUCCCAUUUUUGAUAUACCCUUCUCUCUUUCUCAUCCUCUUCUUCUCCUUCAUCAACCAUCACUUCCACUUCUUUUCACCUCCUUGGCUUUCACUUUCCAAUCACACUCAGGGUUCAGGAGAUUUCUACAAUGGAAGAAGAAGCAGAAACACCACCUUGCAUGCAAUGAGUCGUUCUGAGAGAAUAGAAAUGGAAUUGGGAAGAGCUCGGUCGGCAAUAAGGCAAGCAGCUCGAUCACGAACAUAUGGCUCCUACACCAAGGAGGAUGUAGAGGAUUUUUUCCCCAGAGGGUCACUCUACAUAAACCCUUAUGCCUUUUAUCAGAGCCAUAAAGAGAUGUUGAAGCGAUUCAAAGUGUGGGCAUACAAGGAAGGAGAGCUGCCCCUCUUUCACUAUGGGCCAAUGAGCAGCAUAUACUCAAUUGAAGGGCAUUUCAUUGAAGAAUUGGAAAGUGGAAAGAGUUCAUUUGCUGCCAAGAACCCUGAUGAGGCUACUGCAUUUUUUCUUCCCGUUAGUGUUGUCAAUAUCAUCCAAUUCGUCUAUAGGCCUUACGUCAAUUAUUCCCGUCUACGUCUUCAGAACAUUGUCAAGGACUACAUUUCAUCCAUAUCAAAGAAAUACCCUUAUUGGAAUCAAAGCAGUGGUGCUGACCAUUUUUUCGUUUCUUGUCAUGACUGGGCACCGUGUGUUUCAGAAACCGACCCUAAGCUUUACAAACACUUCAUUAGGGUUCUCUGCAAUGCCAACUCUUCAGAGGGGUUUCGACCGGUGAGAGACGUCUCCUUACCUGAAGUUCAAGUCCACGGACAGGUAUUGCACCCACUAAGCCUUGGCCAGCCCCCGAAAAACCGUUCGGUCUUUGCCUUUUUCGCCGGCCAUGAUCACGGGUAUGUAAGGAAGAUGCUAUUUAGGCACUGGAAAGACAAAGACACUGAUAUCCAAGUGCACGAUUAUCUCCCUAAGACCGCAAAUUACUCCGAGUUAAUGGGACAAAGCAGGUUUUGCUUGUGCCCUAGUGGGUACGAAGUUGCAAGCCCUAGGGUGGUCGACUCCAUACAUGCCGGAUGUGUCCCGGUGAUCAUAUCCGAUAACUAUGUGCUGCCAUUCAGUGAUGUUCUCAAUUGGAGCCAAUUUUCGGUUCAUAUUCCAGUUGCAAAGAUACCCGAAAUUAAGAAAAUUUUGCAAGAAAUUCCGGAUGAUGAGUAUUUAGCAAAGCAAAAGAGGGUUAUCCAGGUGCAAAAGCAUUUUGUGCUCAAUAGGCCGGCUAAGCCAUAUGAUUUAAUUCACAUGAUCAUGCAUUCAGUGUGGCUCAGGAGGCUUAAUAUGAGGUACCCAUCGUGA